AUGUUCUGUUUCAGGGAACCUGUAUGCUUUGAGGGAAUGGAUAAUGAUGGGAUUUGUUCUAUAUAUGAAUUAAGAGGGGAAACAUGUAUAGAUGAUCUUCCAAAUGAAUGCCUUUUAAAUGUUGUCAGAUUUUUAAUGCAUUGUGCCGAUCAAGAUGCAUUUGGCCUCACAUGUCAACGCUGGUUGAAAAUUCAGAAUGAAGCCCGAUGUUCGAUAAAAUUUCAGUUUCGUGAUAUGUCAGCUCCAAAUUGCACAAAAUAUCUCUCCAAGCUUCUUGAUCGCUUUCCUGCACUUAUUUCAGUUUCAUUGGUUGGUUGUACUGAAAUUUCAGAUUCAGCCCUUGCCUUGUUUCCAUCAGCAGGUUUGAAGUUGAAAAGUAUCUUACUUGAUUGCUGCUUCAGCAUCACAGAUGAUGGUCUAUCUCAUAUUUGCAACAAUUCUAAAGGCUUGUCUUCUUUGAGCCUUUAUCGUUGUAAUAUUAGUGAUAUUGGUCUUGAACAUGUAGCAAGAAGCUGUCCAAAUUUAGAAAUAAUAAAUCUUUCAUACUGUGCGAAUGUCUCUGAUUCAGGCAUUGCAGCCCUUGGGGAAGGAUGCUUGGGGCUUAAGAUUGUUAAUAUCUCAUUUUGUAAAAACAUACAAGGAAUUGGGUUUAAGAAGUGCUUGUUUCUUCAGUAUCUAGAUGCAGAUUCAUGCCGCUUGACAGAUGAUGGUCUGUGUGCGAUUCCUAAUGGUAGUUCUCUUCAAUAUUUGAACCUGUCACACUCACGGAAUUUGAUUGAUCUUGGCUCAAGAGGGUUCAGCUGCAUUGGCAUGGCAUGCUCUAAUUUGCAAUUUUUGCACACAAGGAUGUGUCGUACACUUGAUGAUUCAGCUGUAAUCGAGAUUUCCAGGGGCUGUCCUUUAUUGAAAGAAUGGAAUUUGGCAGUUUGUCCACAGGUGACUGUGGUUGGUUGGAAAGAGGUUGCCCUGAACUGUAGAAACCUAGAGAUCCUUCAUGUUAAUCGCUGCAGACAUUUCUGCAAUAGAAGUUUGCUUUUUCUCAGGAGUGGAUGCCCUAAACUUUCCUCUCUAUACAUGCAUGGCUGUCCUAAUCUGAACCCUUUAACAGUGGAGCUUUUUAAACAGGCCCGCUGUUUUGUCCGCAUUAUUUUGGAGGAAAACAUGUGUGCAGGAUUUUGUGUUGAUGAGUUUGUAAAAAACUUUGCUGUUAAGGUGAAAACAAAGACAUGUCUAGUACUUCAAUAGUCUGUUUUGUCAAUGGUAAUCAUUGAACAAAAUUAAACAGAUUUUCCAAAUUGUAGGUCUGGAUUUUGUGUCAAGAUAUUCACCUCUUUGCAUGUUUCACUCAGUAGGUGAUUGAAUAAAGUAUUUAUGUUUGCCAGAUUC